AUGAGCGUGCACGAUCGCUUCCCGCACUCCACCGCCGAGUUAUGCCGCGUCGACGCCGUGCAGUUCGGCGUGCUGUCGCCGGAUGAGAUCCGCAAGAUGUCCGUGUGCGCGAUCGAGUCGAGCGACACGUACGAAAAGGGCCGACCGAAGCGAGGCGGUCUGUCGGAUCCGAGGAUGGGGACGAUGGAUCGCGGCGCGGUGUGCGAGACGGAUGGAUGCGAUAGCGUGCAAACGCCGGGGUACUUUGGACAUCUCGAGUUGGCGAAGCCAGUGUAUCACCACGGUUUUAUCAAUGUCGUGCUCCGAGUGCUGCGUUGCGUGGGGUACUCGUCGUCGCAGCUUUUGUUGCACAAGGAUGAGGAUCCAAAGUUUGCGCAGCUGAUGCGGAUUAAGAACCCGAAGAAUCGCCUGAAGAAGCUCACCGACGCGUGCAAGACGAAGAGCGUAUGUCCUUACACGGGGACGGCGCAGCCGCAGUACCGCUUGGAGGGGAUGAAAAUCACCGCUGAGUUCAAGCACCGCGACGACGAGUUGCUUCCGGAAGGUGGUGAGCGCAAGGUUGUCGUUACCGCGGAGCGUGCGUUGCAAAUUCUGAAGGGAAUCUCUGAUGAAGACUGUCGCGUUCUGGGUCUCGAUCCCGAGCACGCACGGCCAGAUUGGAUGAUCCUUCAAGUCAUGCCCGUGCCUCCGCCGCCUGUGCGGCCUUCGGUCUCAUUCGAUGCGUCUACUCGAUCAGAGGACGAUCUUACCGUCAAACUAAUGGAAAUCGUUAGAACAAACAAAAAUUUAGAAAGGCAAGAGCAGAACGGCGCGCCGCAGCAUGUCAUCUUGGAGUUCACAGAGCUACUGCAGUACCACAUCAUGACUUUCAUGGACAACACAGUAGCUGGCAUGCCCCGUGCGCUCACGCGCAGUGGUCGGAGUAUCAAGUCGAUUUCGGAGCGUCUCAAGGGCAAGGCGGGUCGUAUUCGAGGUAACUUGAUGGGUAAGCGUGUCGAUUUUUCGGCGCGCACCGUCAUUACUCCGGAUCCGAACCUCAUGCUAGACGAACUCGGAGUUCCGUGGUCCAUCGCGCUCAACAUGACAUAUCCUGAGACCGUGACACCUUACAACAUCGAGCGUCUGCAGAGACUGGUGGAUAAUGGACCGCAUCCUCCUCCGGGAGAGACGGGCGCACGCUACAUCAUUCGUGAAGACGGUCAACGCCUUGAUCUCCGCUUCCUCAAGAAGGCGAGCGAAAAGCGCUUGGAGUACGGCUACAAGGUUGAACGUCACAUGGUGAACGGUGAUGUUGUGUUGUUUAACCGUCAGCCGUCGCUACACAAGAUGUCCAUCAUGGGUCACCGCGUGCGAAUCAUGCCGUAUUCCACGUUCAGAUUGAACCUGUCCGUUACGCCGCCGUACAACGCGGAUUUCGACGGAGAUGAAAUGAAUAUGCAUCUUCCUCAAUCGUACGAGACCAAGGCCGAAGUCAAAGAACUCAUGAUGGUGCCAAAAAUGAUUGUGUCGCCGCAAGCAAACAAACCUGUGAUGGCUAUCGUGCAGGACACCCUGCUUGGUUGCCGCUUGAUCACGAAGCGAGACACGUUCAUCCCUAAGGAUGUUUUUAUGAACAUUAUCAUGUGGCUCGAAGACUGGGACGGUAAAAUUCCGAAGCCUGCCAUUCUGAAACCGCAACCCCUGUGGACGGGGAAACAGGUGUUCUCGAUGAUGCUUCCGAAGGUGAACCUGUUGCGAACAAGCGCGUGGGCAAGAGAUGCCGAUGACGUGACUUUCAGUGUUGACGACACGGGCGUGCGUAUUGAACAAGGUGAGCUCCUUACCGGGACGUUAUGUAAGAAGACCAUGGGUAGCGGCGGUGGUGGCUUGAUUCAUGUAACUUGGGAGGAGUGGGGUCCGAUAGCCGCUCGCGGACUCAUCUCUCAGACACAGACGCUCGUCAACUAUUGGCUGCUGCACCACGGUUUCACCGUUGGUAUCGCUGACACGAUUGCAGAUGACGAGACAAUGUUCACAAUUAACAACACGAUCACCAAGGCAAAGGCCGACGUGAAGGAAGUCAUCAAACAGGCGCAGAAUAAUGAACUUGAAUUGCAGCCGGGUAUGACGAUGCAACAGUCUUUCGAACAGAAGGUGAACCAAAUCUUGAACAAAGCGCGUGAUAACGCCGGUAACUCGGCUCAGAACUCGCUUAAGGACACAAACAACGUCAAGAUGAUGGUAACCGCUGGAUCGAAGGGUUCGUUCCUUAACAUUUCACAGAUGAUCGCGUGUGUGGGUCAGCAAAACGUAGAAGGCAAACGUAUCCCGUACGGCUUCAAGGGACGUACCUUGCCGCACUUCAGCAAAGACGAUUUCGGUCCGGAGUCCCGUGGUUUCGUCGAAAACUCGUACUUACGCGGCUUGACUCCGCAAGAGUUCUUCUUCCACGCCAUGGGUGGUCGCGAAGGUUUGAUUGACACUGCGGUUAAGACAUCUGAAACUGGUUACAUCCAACGUCGUCUCGUCAAGGCCAUGGAGGACGUCGUCGUUAAGUAUGACGGUACUGUACGUAAUAGUGUCGGUGAUGUCAUCCAGUUCUUGUACGGCGAAGACGGUAUGGAUGCCACGAUGAUCGAGAGCCAAGUGCUCGACACGUUGCGUCUUGGUGCGAAGGAGUUUGCCGCGGUGUUCCAAAUUGAUCCGGAUGUGUCUGGCUUCAACAAGGGCUGGCUUAGUAACGAGCAAGCAAGCGAUCUCGCUCACAGCACUAAAGUUAGAGAAAUCAUUGAUGCUGAGUGGGAGCGGUUACAAAAGGAUCGCGUUGAGCUGCGAAAGGUGUUCCCUACGGGCGAUCCGCACGUGCACCUGCCGGUGAACAUGAAGCGUAUCAUCUGGAACGCUCAAAAGCAAUAUGGGAUGUACCGACCGGGUGGAUCCGAAGAAGAGCUCUCCGUGACGCACGUCAUUGAGAGCGUGGCUGAACUUCUGCCCAAGUUGAUCGUCGUGGCGGGAACUGAUCCGUUGUCUAUCGAAGCGCAGAGAAACGGUACCUUGUUGUUCUUCGCCCAUGUUCGCGCCAACUUGGCCGCGAAGCGUGUGCUCAAGGAUCACAAGCUUACUCGAGCUGGCUUCGACUGGGUCAUCGGUGAGGUCGAAUCACGCUUUAAGAUGGCGCUCGCGCCCCCUGGUGACGGAAUUGGCGUCGUCGCCGCGCAGUCUAUUGGUGAGCCGGCGACGCAGAUGACACUGAACACGUUCCACUUCGCCGGUGUGUCCGCGAAGAACGUCACCCUCGGUGUCCCACGAUUGAAGGAAAUCAUCAACAUCGCAAAGCAGAUCAAGACGCCAUCGCUGACGGUUGCGCUCAAACCAGAGUUUGCGAGCGAUAGAACCAAGGCGAAAGACGUUCAGGCGUCGCUUGAGUACACAACGCUUCACAGUGUUGCCGCCGUCACGGAGGUACACUACGACCCGGAUCCGACCGAUACUGUCAUCGAAGAAGAUCGUGAGUUCGUUCGUGCGUAUUACGAGAUGCCGGACGAGGACGUCGAUCCGUCUCGAAUGUCUCCGUGGCUGUUGCGAAUUGAGCUGAACCGCGAGAUGAUGGUUGAUAAGAAGCUGCUGAUGGCGGAUGUGGCCGAGCGCAUCAAUGAAGACUUUGGCGGUGAUCUUAGUUGUAUCUUCAACGACGAUAACUCUGAGAAGCUCGUGUUGAGAAUCAGAAUCAUGAAGGCUGAGGGUGAGAAGUACGAUGAUUCCUCGAUCGAAGACGAAGUGUUCUUGAAACGCAUCGAGACACAAAUGCUUAGCAACCUCGCACUCCGAGGUAUCCCGGAUAUUAAGAAGGUUUUCAUUCGCGAGGCGAAGAGUAAUGCUGUCAAUCCACGCACUCAAUUGUUUGAGAAGCACACUGAGUGGAUGUUGGAUACGGAGGGUGUCAAUCUGCUCGAAGUCAUGGCUCAUCCGGAUGUCGAUUUUACGCGAACGACAUCGAACCACUUGAUCGAGGUGAUCCAAAUCCUAGGCAUCGAAGCCGUGCGAAACACGCUUCUUCGAGAGCUUCGUGGUGUCAUCGAGUUCGACGGCUCUUACGUGAACUACAGGCACCUUGCCAUCCUCGUCGAAGUGAUGACGUACCGAGGACACCUUGUGAGCAUCACGCGACACGGCAUCAACAGAGCUGAGACGGGCGCUUUGAUGCGAUGCAGCUUCGAAGAAACGGUUGACAUUUUGAUGGAAGCCGCUGCGUUCUCAGAGCGGGAUAAUAUGACGGGUCCGAGUGAGAACAUCAUGCUGGGACAGUUCUGUCCCAUUGGUACGGGUGAGUUCAAGCUUCACUUGGAUCAGGAAAUGUUGUUGGACGCAGUGGAGUUGGAUUUGUUCGAAACUGCGAGAACGCCCGGCCACUACGGCUCGAUGACCCCGGGACGCGAAGGCACGCCCGGUUACGGAGCGAAAUCGCCAUCGUUCUUGUUAUCUCCUGGUGGAGCAAUGAUGUCGCCUUUCGACACGAGUAUGGCAUUCUCACCCUACUCUGAUGGAGGCAUGGCGUUCUCCCCUGGUGGCAUGUCUCCUGGUGGUGGAGUCGGCUACUCUCCGACGAGUCCAGCAUACUCCCCGACCUCGCCGGCGUACUCUCCGACCUCUCCUGCGUACUCCCCGACGAGUCCGGCAUACUCCCCGACGAGUCCGGCAUACUCCCCGACGAGUCCGGCAUACUCCCCGACCUCGCCUGCGUACUCUCCGACUUCGCCGGCGUACUCUCCGACGAGUCCGGCGUACUCCCCGACCUCGCCGGCGUACUCUCCGACGAGUCCGGCGUACUCUCCGACGAGUCCGGCGUACUCCCCGACCUCGCCGGCGUACUCUCCGACGAGUCCGGCGUACUCUCCGACGAGUCCGGCGUACUCCCCGACGAGCCCAGCAUACUCUCCGACGAGCCCAGCAUACUCUCCGACUUCGCCGGCGUAUUCACCGAAGGAAGAGGAUGGAGAGGAAGAAGAAUAA